CUGAGAUAUGACUUGGUAAAGUGGGGAAUUUCCGUGACAAAAUAUUCCAAAUUCGGUGCCUUUCAGAAACCUGAGAAAAUAGUGCCCCUAUUUUGUCGUCUGCAGUUUGGUGCAUAUUCCCUCAACUCGAGACAAGAUGGUGGAAAACUGAAGAAACUAGCCCGUCUCGGAGUGAGGGAUAGCGAGGAACAGCUAGUUUGAGGGGCUUGCUGGCUUUCCUUUGGCCAGUAGGCUUUAUGAUAGUAUUAUUCUGCAUAAGCAAAGUGUGAUUUAACAUUUAACAACAUGAAACCCAAGGAAUUUCUGAAGCGGCACUUGCCGUUAGUUCUGGGAGUGAUUCUCUUCUUGGAUUAUUUGGAUACUGCUUCUGGAGCCGCUUGUAAAGGAUGCACAUCAGCUGUGUGUAUCUGUGAGGGCCAGAAGGGAGAAAAUGGAGGGAGAGGACUUCCAGGGCUGCAAGGUCCACCUGGCCUGCCCGGCUUCCCUGGACCAGAGGGCCCUAUCGGCCAGUUGGGGAUGAAAGGUGACCUGGGUGAGGUCGGCGCUCGAGGACCCAAGGGAUUCAGAGGAGCCUCAGGUCUGCCCGGUUUCACAGGAAUACCAGGUAUCCCGGGUCAGUCCGGUAUCGAGGGACCAGUAGGACCUCAAGGAUAUCCUGGCUGCAAUGGAACCCAAGGAGACGCGGGUUUCUCGGGACAGCCUGGUCUGCCUGGCCUGCCAGGAUCUAGAGGACGUCCGGGUAGACCUGGUAGAAAGGGAGCACCAGGAGCAAGUGAAGGUGUGCGGUUUGGCUUCAAGGGAGAGCCUGGUGAAGAUGGAAGAGAUGGACAAGUGGGUUUCCCAGGUGAGAUUGGUCUACCUGGUGAUUACGGCUACCCUGGAGACAGAGGAAUCCCUGGUGUAUCAGGGUUGCCCGGUCCCAAGGGAUACAAAGGUUUGCCGGGUGCCAUGAAACUGGGACAUAAAGGAGCAAAGGGAGACACUGGUGACCCAGGUCCACCAGGGAAGUUCCCCGUAGUUGGACCUGUAGAGGUCCGGUCUGGUAUUCCAGGAGACAAGGGUGAAACCGGUCCUAAAGGACCUGUAGGAGAUCCGGGCGACAAGGGCAUGGAAGGAGACAGGGGUGCUUCUGGUCUGAGUGGACUGAAGGGGCCCAAGGGAAUGGAUGGACCUCCAGGAAGGAGGGGUAAACGGGGUAAAGAAGGACCACAAGGACCAUACGGAGCGAAAGGCUUCCCUGGCGCCAAGGGCUUCUCAGGCAAUCCAGGAAUAAAUGGAGUAAAGGGUAUGUUUGGUGAGCCAGGCUUCCCUGGACGACAGGGUCUUCAAGGUUUGCCUGGACCUCCUGGUAUCCUCGGUAACGGUACUGGCACCGGCCGGCCAGGUCCCAGGGGACGAAUUGGAUCACCAGGACCUAAAGGUUUCCCUGGAGGCCCAGGUUAUGAUGGUGAGGAGGGUCGCCGGGGUCUGCCUGGCCUGGCUGGCCUCCCUGGCUCCCAGGGUCUGCCUGGUCUUCCUGGUAUCCCUGGCAUGUCCAUGAAGGGUGACCGAGGUGUCGGAGGUCUACGCGGAAUUGAUGGGAAAGAUGGUAUUGUGGGAUUCCCUGGUCUGGCCGGGGAGAAUGGAGAAAAUGGUCGUCCUGGUGAGACUGUGUAUGGACCACCUGGUGAUCAAGGUCUGUCUGGUCUUCCCGGUCUUCCUGGUUUACCAGGACUUCCUGGAGAUUCUGGCUACUAUGGAGAGGCUGGCUACCCUGGAGAGGGCUUCACCUUGUUUGGCCCCCUCGGCCCGCGUGGACUGCCAGGAGACAGAGGUGAACCGGGACCACCUGGUGUGGACGGACUUCCAGGUCUUUCUGGAGAAAUAGGUUUCCGUGGAGACGACUGUGGCUUCUGUCCAGAUGGAAUUCCUGGAGGGCGGGGAGAUAAUGGCGACACUGGCAGACAAGGACAGGAUGGCUUCCCUGGCCUGCCUGGUUUCUCUGGUGAGAAAGGACAACCUGGUGAAUUUGGACUGCCUGGUCCUGAUGGAAGGUCUGGUGAGCCUGGUGUUCCAGGACGGGAUGGCGCCCCAGGUUUCCCUGGUUCCAAGGGAUUACCGGGUGAACCGCUGGGAUUUGUUGAUGUAGAAAGAUACCGAGGCCCCUCUGGUCCGAAGGGUUCAACAGGCUACCCUGGUCUGCCUGGUAUGGAUGGGUCUAUGGGAACGGUCGGACAGAGAGGCUUGCCUGGAGGUGCUGGUUACCAGGGAAUGAAGGGUGAUGGUGGCAUUCCUGGAGACACCGGUCUUGACGGACUACCUGGACUUCCUGGUCUCCCUGGCAACAAGGGUCUGCCUGGGGAUGAGAUCCCCGGCGCCAGAGGAGAAAAGGGUGAUCCUGGUCUGACAGGACUUGAUGGCGGCGAUGGCAGGAAAGGAUUAAAGGGUGAACAAGGAGAACCUGUAGCGCUGCCAUUUCAGCUGGAGCUGAAGGGAGAAGUUGGAAGCAGAGGUCUGCCAGGUAUUCCGGGCCGAGAUGGAGAACCAGGGUUUGAAGGUGAACUUGGCAUAGACGGCCUGCCUGGUAUGCCUGGUCUGCCAGGAUUACCAGGCAUGAAAGGUGUUGAUGGUCUCUCUGGUCUGCCCGGUGGCCAAGGUUCUCGUGGCUCCAAAGGCUAUCCUGGUUUGCCAGGAGACGAGGGACUGCCUGGUCAGUCAGGAAUUAAGGGUUUUACCGGAGAUGAUGGACUGCCUGGUCUGCCAGGAUUACAGGGACCUAGAGGUGAGCCUGGACGUACCCCAAGACAAGGCAUCCCAGGAGAAAGAGGUUUAGAUGGAAUUCCUGGAGAACCUGGUGUAGGUGGCGCUGUCGGUUUACCUGGACGACCGGGAACACCUGGACCUGAUGGUAUUCCAGGAACAUAUGGUGAGGAUGGACUUCCUGGUCUUCCUGGAAGUCCUGGAUUGAAGGGAUUGUCUGGAGAGCUUGGAAGCCGUGGUCUACCUGGCCUGCCAGGCUUGCAAGGGAUGCAGGGAUUCCCAGGAUCCCCUGGACUGCGUGGUAUCCGUGGUGACGAAGGGCUGCCUGGUAUACCAGGGUUUGCUGGUGCCAAGGGCCAGCCUGGUCUUCCCGGUAUUCGUGGUCUUGACGGUGAAGAUGGUCUUUCUGGUCAGCCAGGAGAGUCUGGUCUGGACGGUCUCCCUGGACGCCCAGGCCUGGCUGGAGUGAAAGGCGCCAAUGGUAUUCCUGGAUCCCCUGGUACUGAUGGUCUGACUGGAUUGCCUGGUAUCAGUGGCUCAAAAGGUGACGUUGGAAAUGCUGGUCUCCCUGGCCUGCCUGGCCUCCCAGGACAGAGAGGACCUAAAGGCUUCUCUGGUGAAUCCGGUCUCCCUGGUCUCCCUGGUCAGAGGGGCAACAGAGCCCCUUUUGGCUUCAAGGGCGUGAAGGGUCAGCGUGGUCUUGAUGGUCUGCCAGGUCUUGCCGGACAGCCAGGUCUCCCGGGACGGGAGGGACUUAGAGGACUGACUGGUGACAGGGGCCCCACCUACCCAGGAGAAAUUGGUCGUGAGGGUCUCCCCGGUUUAAGUGGCCUCCCAGGCCCCGACGGAACAUCGGGACCCAAAGGCAGGAUUGGAGAAAUGGGAAUUCCUGGUCUAGAUGGUCUGCCUGGAGACCCCGGUCUGCAGGGCAGAGAUGGCAAUGAUGGUCUUCCCGGUCUUCCUGGGUUAAAGGGGGAGCGGGGUCUUGAUGGUCUGCCAGGUCUUGAUGGAGAACAAGGUGGCUUGGGUGUAGAUGGUCUGCCUGGCGCACCGGGUCUCCCAGGGUUUACAGGUGAUCGCGGUCAGGAAGGACUCCCUGGUAUCGACGGAGAACUUGGCCAGCCUGGUGAUGAUGGUCUGCCUGGUCUGCCAGGAUUGCCCGGUCUUCCUGGCAUGAAGGGAUCCUCUGGUCCUUCUGGACGCCCUGGUGCUGAUGGACUUUCUGGAGGUCGUGGUGAUGAUGGUUUGCCAGGACUUGGUGGCCCUCGUGGACUUAGAGGAGAGAAUGGUCUUCAAGGCCGACCUGGUCUUGAUGGCGAGCCUGGCCAACCAGGUUUUGAUGGAGGUCCUGGUCUGCCAGGUCUGCCUGGAGAGGAAGCACCAGCAGGUCGCCCUGGGCCCCCCGGUGUGGAUGGUAUACCAGGCACCCCUGCUCUGCCUGGCCUUUCUGGUUUGCCAGGAGAAGAUGGUUUUCCAGGUCGACCUGGAUUUCCAGGCCAGAAGGGAGAGUCUGCCUUUUCUCUACCUGGACUGAAGGGCUUGCCAGGAGAUUCAGGACUUGAUGGUCUUCCAGGUUUACCUGGCGAACGGGGAGUACCAGGCCAGCCAGGAUUACCUGGUCUGAAGGGAAUGAAGGGAGAAACUGCCUUGCCAGGUCUACCAGGCACUGAUGGUCGAGAUGGAGAACCAGGCAGGAUUGGAGAAGAUGGAGAGAAUGGUCAACCUGGUAUCCCUGGUGUUGAUGGUCGGCGUGGUGACGAUGGUGCAAAUGGUUUUCCUGGUCGCAAGGGAGAGAGAGGUGUUCCUGGCUUCUCUGGUGAGAGAGGCCGACCUGGAGGUCCUGGUAUUGCCGGUUUAAAGGGAUACCCAGGUGACCCUGGCCCCACUGAUAUCACUCGCCUGCCACCUAGCCCGCGAGGAGAUGAUGGAACAAGGGGUGAACCUGGCUUUCCAGGUUUAGAAGGUCCAAGAGGAGCUCAAGGUGAUGAUGGUCUCCCUGGUCUGAAUGGUCUUCGCGGUACGGAAGGGUUCCCUGGGACACCCGGUUCAGCUGGUGAACAAGGCCCCUCCGGUCAGCCUGGUAUUCCUGGUAUCGAUGGCAUGCCUGGUCUCCCAGGUCUGCCAGGAUUCCCGGGUGAGAUAGGAGGCCCCGGAGGAGAUGGAGGAGGCCCUGGAAUUUACUUCACAAGGCACAGUCAGACCACCAACGUUCCAAACUGUCCAGUGGGAACAGCCAAUCUGUGGACUGGGUAUUCAUUGCUGUAUGUUGUUGGCAAUGGGCGUGCACAUGGACAGGAUCUUGGUACUGCCGGUAGCUGUCUGCCCAGGUUUAGCACCAUGCCUUUCAUGUUCUGCAACAUCAACAAUGUCUGCAACGUGGCCUCCCGCAGUGACUACAGCUACUGGCUAGCCACACCCGAGCCCAUGACGCCCAUGAUGAAUCCAGUCAGUGGGGAACAGAUCCGACCCUACAUCAGUCGCUGUACAGUGUGUGAAGCACCAUCACCUAUCAUGGCCGUCCACAGUCAAACCAUGGUGCUGCCCGAGUGUCCUGGAGGCUGGAGGUCUCUCUGGAUCGGAUAUAGUUUCAUUCUUAACACUGGUGCUGGUUCUUCUGGCUCUGGUCAGUCCUUGGCUUCCCCAGGUUCCUGCCUGGAGGACUUCCGUGCCGCUCCUUUCAUCGAGUGCCAUGGAAGAGGCACAUGUAAUUACUAUGCAACGUCAUUAAGUUUCUGGCUAGCUACUUUAGAAAGAGAUAACCAGUUUAGCAGGCCUCUCUCAGACACACUCAAGGCAGGCAAUUUACGAAGUAAAAUAAGCAGAUGCCAAGUUUGUAUGAAAGAUGAAUCUCUUGAACCUUUUCUCUAUAGAUUUAAAUAAAUACAAGUAAAAGUUCUUUUAGCUUCUAUAAUUAAUUUGUGAUCUCGUCAGGGAUAUUGCUCCAGACGUCAUGUGCUUGUAAAACCUGUACAUACCGUCAGACGAUGGAACGUAAAGUACCCCCUAUGUAUUGAAAGCAUUAGCUUCUAUGCAAACAGGAUUUUUCUUGGCUAAGUAUGUGUGUUAAAGAGAAAAGAGACCUCAAUUUGCAAUAAAGGGUCACCAGUCUGAUUUCAUAUGGGUGCUGUUUACAUUCAGGCAUCUGUGUUUCGUACAUAUGAUGUUUUGCACUGAGUAGAAGAAAACAGUGUACUGUCUAGUCACUUGUAGAUUCAAACUGGCUUGCACUACAUUCAAUUUGCUUUUGUACCAAACUACAUACAAUUUAUAAAAUUAUGAAAAAAUUGUUGGAAGUACUGCAAGCCAUAUUAAUAGAUAGCAUCUUUCAGUGCAAUAACGUGAUAAUACUCCUGUACCUUAUGUUUACCCAACCAUCACUGCCAAAUUCUCGUGAUAUAUUUUCAAGUAUUGGAUGUGUGAUAUAAUUACUGCUAAUGUGCCUCUUAUGUAGAAGAAAACACUAGUAUCUACCGUCCUCGUAUCUGUGUUAUGUACGUAAUGACCGCCUAAAGCGGCCACAGUUUUGAAGGGUCUGAAUAGUCAUAAUGAUAUAACAAAGUUCAACAGGUCAAGAUAAGACACAUACAAAAUAGUUGAAUUCCAGACACCGGACGUUCCUUAAAGCUGAGGCACAUUUGAUUCAGUGAUUAGAGACAAGGCUCAACAUUGCUCAGUUGUUUUUCUUGAUUUUUAUACGGACUGUACUGUAAGUUGUGACUAAAAUCAUCCCUGUUUUAUCUUGACCUGUUGUUGCUAGUUUCAGCUCUCAUGCAUAAUAAGAGUCAAUAUUUACAAGCUGGAUGAAAUGUAAGCAUUAAUAUUUGAGGAUAAUGUGUCUUUUGUACGUUUUCAUUAACCUGCCAACAAGACAGGGCAUGGAUGUUUAUCAUAUCAGAUCUGGUUUAUUGGGGGAGUUCAGUCUUUGAAAUCAUGUAAAUUCAAUUGUCUGUACAACAUGAAAUGAAUACUCGUUUGGGUUAGCUCAAUUCACAAUGUCUGUAAUUAAAGAGAAUAAAUGAUCAUUUGACA